UUGCAGGUACUUCAUCUUCUCAAGCAACAGUGCUUGCCAACGGUGACCACGGAAUAGAAGGGAAUGAUGCCACUGUUUGCUGUGAAAUGACUUUAUUGAUUGGAAGCAGUGCUGUGUGGAAUGUUAUGAUGGUGGAUCAGGCAUUUUAUGAGCACUGGCAGAAGCAAGGGUCUCCAACUGAAUUCCUUGAAGAGAAAAUGGCCUACCAGGGAUAUCAGAACAGCCAGAACUGGCCAGAAAAUACAAACUUUUGCUUUGAACCCGAGCAAGUGGUAAAUCCUAUCCAGACUGAUCCCUUUAAGAUGCACCAUGAUGACAGCCUGGAAGAUUUGCUCUUUCUCCCCAGUGGAACAACCAGUGCUUCAGCAUCUGCAGAACAAAAUGAUCCCCUGAAAGACAGUUAUGGUGUGUUUCCCUGUGACACAUUUGCUCCUGCAGCUGUUGUUCCUCAGGGGUGGUCUGUGGAAGCUCCAAACCCUCCACAUUCAGAAUCCUUCAUCUCCCCUGAGGCCAUUAUACAGCCUCUGCAGCCUACAGCAGAGCCUGCUGAGGAGGUAGAAAUGGCAUCAGCAGAAGAGAGAGCACCAACAAAAGCAUUGGAAAUGAUGAUGGGACUGAAGGCUGCUAACAUGGCACCAUCUCGAGAAUCAGAGAUGGUCCUGGCCAAGGGUGUGGCACCAGCCACAGAAACAGAGGUGGCAUUGGCUAAAGACACGGAACCAUCUACCGAACCAGAUGUGGCACUGGCCAAGGGCAUGGAAUCAUCCAUCGAACCAGAUAUGGCCUUAGUCAAGGACGUGGUACUACCCCUAGAAACAGAGGCAACCCCAGUCAAGGACGAUGUAUUGCCCACAGAAACAGAUGUGUCUUUGGCCAAGGACAUGGUACUGCCCACAGAAACAGAGGUAACCCCAGCCAAGGACAUACUACUAUUCAAAGAAACAGAGAGGACACCACCUGUAAAAAUGGAUUUGGCCCCAGCUGAGGGCAUGGUACCACCUACAGACCGAGAGGUGGCCCCACCCAAGGGUGUAGCAUCACUUUCAGAAAUAGAGGCGCCGCUGGAUGAGGACGUUGUGUCAUCCACAGAAACAUCCUCAGCCAAGGAGGUAGCCCUGUCCUCAGAAACAGAGGUGGCCCUGACUGGGGAUAUGGUACUACCCCCAGAAACAGAGGUGGCCCUAGUCAAGGACAUGGCUGCACCUCCAGAAACAGAAGUCACCCCAGUCAAGGACAUGGCUCCACCCCCAGAAGUAGAGAUGGCCCUGAGCAAGGACAUGGCUCCACCUCAAGAAACAGAGGUGGCCCUGGGCAAGGACAUGGUUUCAUCUCCAGAAACAGAGAUGGCCCUGGGCAAGAAUGUGGCUCUACCCCCAGAAACGGAGGUGACCCUGGCCAACAGUGUGGCUCCAGCCACGGAUGUUGCAGCAUCCUCAGAAGCAGAGGUGGCACCAGUUCCUGUUAAGGACAUGGAAACUGCACGGACACAGGAAGAAACAAGUGAGGAUUCCCAGUUAGAAUCUCUCCAGGAUGAAGGACAGUCAGCUGUACCUCCUCUCAUGAUUUCAGCAGAAGCAGUCACAGCCAUGGGCCAAAAGCACAACUUGCCAACAGAUGAGGAUUCUGUGUCAGAGGAACUAGAGCAAAAGAAACCGUUCAGUAGUCAACCUUCUGAACUUCCUUCAGAGACCUCAGGUACCCUUCCCACACAAGCCAAAAAAGCGUGCAGACCCAGUGAUCGCAGGUCCGCCCGGCCCGCCCGGCCCAGGCUUGCCAGGGUCCCUCCUGAGCUGCUGGGAGGCUCUUCUCCACGGAAGACUCUUGAUCCUGGGCUGGGCCCCUGCCUUUUGUCUGAAUUGGGUUGGGUUUCUGGUCCGUCUUCCUGUGGUGAGCCUGGGAACCAGAGGAAAACUAUUCAUGGUGACUUCCUUGAACCCCAGAGGGAUCUUGGCAGGGAGUCCUGGGAUAUAGAAAGAACACCAAUGAUGAUGAAGAAAAAAAAGAAGAAACCAAAGCAAAAGAGAUACUCUCAGCCCCGGGCUGGGGGACCUUGGGAUGAUGACAAUGCAGAUGAGCCUAAAGUUUAUCCCUUUGCCACUGACCCACAAAAGUCAGGUGUUCCCCCCAGCCAGCCUACCACUGUGGGCACAGAACAUGGACUGGUAUCCAGAGAAAACUUGAAAAAGGGAUGUGAAAUUGACUCCAGAGCAGCCAAAUUGGUAGCUGAGAACUUUGUCUCAGAGGGUCUCAGCAUUCCUUUGUGUCCUUUGGAAGAACCCCUAAAAACUGCAGUAAAUUCUCAGCCCAAACUGAGAGUAGAGGCAGAGGUGAAAGGUAACAAGUCAGCACCACAGAGCCAAGACAAGAAAUUGCUGCAGCAAGAUGAGUGCAAACCACAGCCUGCACCCCACCUCAAGACUCCUGUGGAUAAAAGCCAGACAGUAGGCUCCCUCAAUCUGAAAGGACCCCUGACAGAAGUUUUUUCACACAAAGUAGAAAUUCCUUUGGAGAUCAGACCCAAAGAGGGUUGCUCUCCUGUCUUGGACCAAGAGGCUGUGGGUGGAGUUUCAAAACCCAAAGCAGCAAAAGAACUGCCUAAUUCCAUACCCACUUUGACAGCAGGUAAUCCAUUAGUAAGUAGUCUAAAAGAAGGGAAUGAUGAAAGUAAAAUGACUAAACUGCAGAAUGACAAACAGAAAGAGUUUUCUGAGGGAGCUGAAGAGGUUAAAGAACUAAAAAAGGAAAGUAUUCCCAAGGAAAGACAGGAGAGCAGCAUCUUUGCUUCUGAGCAGCCGCAGGACACGGUGUUAGCCCAGGUUCCUGGACUAGGGAAUGAACCAUUUAAGAGAAUGGCAGGUGAUGGCAAAAGCAGGAAGGGAAAGGGAAGUUCUGGGAAGAUGAGAGCAAGUUCUGGGAAGGUGAGAGCAGGGUCUGAGCUGCUGUUGCCUGUGGACAGCCAGAAGGACAGCAGAGCUGUUCUUGUGCCAAGUGAGCCAGCACCUAAGACGGAAAGAAUGGAUAAAAGCGAGGAGCUGGGGCUGGGUUCUUUAGAGCAGCCAGGGACCAUGGCUGAGCUCACUGAGGCAGUGGUGAUGCGGGACCCUAAGGAGAUGACUGACCUGAGGAUGGCAGGCACCUUUCAGGCAUUGAUUCCUUUGGGAAAUGGGUCAGGCAUGAUUCAGACUUCCGGUGCUAGAACAGAAAGAGGAGCUGUAGCCAUAGACAUGCGUGUCGGCAACCAGAGCGAGGAGGAAAAAUGUCCUUGGAUGGAUCAUGAGGCAGCUCCCUGGGUUUCUGAAAAGCCUACAAAAAGAGGCAGUGAAGACAAAAACAAAAAGUUUAAAAAUAGUUAUUCCACACAGCCUGCUAGAAUGGAGAGGAAGGAAGAAAUCCUCAACCCACCUUUUGUAGGGAAGGGUGGGGAUAUUGGUAGUACUCCCUAUCAAAACAGAGAAUUAGAACUUACUUUCCCCGUAAAUCAUGACCCUUUGUUCUCACGUAUAUCAGAUACACCCACAGUGGAAGGAGUUGACCAAAAGGGUAGAAAUGUUGAGGUUAAUUCUUCUAAGCUUGGGGCUCUUGGCAGGAGCAAAACAAACACAGGCAAGGAUUUUGCUAUUACUGAACCAGCUACCAAGGUGACAGAUGUGAGCUGCCAAGACCAAAUCCAGGGGGCAGGAUUUGUUCCUUCAGUACCGUCUGAGGAGAAUAAGACAGAUGUGGCCAAGGGACAUACUGCAGUUGCUGACAAAUCAAAUAAAAGGAGUAAUGAUGGAAAAAGCAAAAAGGUUAAAAAUAGUUUCCCUGAGAAGCACAUUCUGGAGAAUAAGAUAGAUGCAACAAAAAUACAUGUUCCCAUGGAAACCAUAGGGGACCACAGAAUUGAAGGAAUGGGCUAUGUGGAUGAAAAUAGAAAUAUUACAUUUACCUGCCCUAGAACACCACCAGGGUUGAUGAAUAAGACAGUCCCCCUAGAGGCUCAUGAAUCAGCAGCCUGUGAAAAACUGCCCCCUUCUACUUCUCAAGUAGUAAAGGAAGGUGAUUCAUUUCCAGACACCUUGGCAGAAAGCGGGCAAGAGACGGCUCCAGCCCAGAUUUCCAAAUUAUUAGAGGUAGAUAAUUGCCGCAAAGAUGGAGUCCCAGAUGAAGAAAGACCCAAGGCUCCCUGUGCUGUUAUGCCCUCUAUCAGCACGGGAGGAGUUGCCCUGACUCUGUCAGCAGCCAUAGAAACAGUUAACAACCAUGGAGGUAACUGUCUUCAGCAUAAAGGUGAGCUUGCUGGUCCCAUGAAAAAUGAAGCAGGGAUAGACGAAGGGCAUGUGAUAGGAGAAUCUGAGUCAGUGCUCAGUGGUGCAUCAAAGCACUCAGUAGAGAAAACCACAGAGCCAGCAGGGGGGCACCUUCUUUCUGGCGUGCUCACAGAAGACCAAAGCCGGGCAGGUGGGGUCAGAGUCCUAGAAGCAUGUGCAGAUAGCAGUAAUUUUCCAACAUGUCCAGUAAACAAACAGAAAGAGUCUGAGGAGGGUUCUGCUCCAGUUCCAAUUCUUGACCUAAUGGGAGACAAAGCACAAAAGCCCAGUUUCUGUGAGGACCAACGCGCUGAAAAUAGAGAUUCCCAGGGCCCAGAUAGUUUGAAUAAGGAGGUAGAUACGACUCUUUUGCCUCCAGAAAGUGAAAAGGAUAAAUUGGAAGAAAUCAGUCUGGAUUCUGAAAUCAGAGAAAUGGCAUGUGUUUCCUUGGCACCACCAGAACUCCAGUCAGGUGUCUUAGAUGGCAAAGUUGAAGUGACUCCUUCAAGGGUGGUAGAUGAGUUAGUAGUGGCUGCUUCCAAGGCUCUUCAACUCCCAGAACCCAGAGACAAGAUCUUGGAGGCACCUGAGAAAAUGACAGAAAAAUCUGAACCAAAGGCACUGGGACAGGGGAAGAAGGAAGAUAAAAGCAGAGCGGCAGAACCCAUGAAAGGCUACAUGAGACCCACCAAGUCCCGAGGACUCACUCCACUUUUACCAAAAUCUACAGUCCAGGAACGAGAGCGAUCCAAGCAACUCAAGUCCAGUGCUACCCUGUUGCCAAGGCAGAAAAUGAUGUUGUAUGUAAAGUGCUUUCCAGCUUUCAUUAAGAUUCCCAGCCCUCUCUCCAGUUCAUUAGUUUUAGGUUCUAGACCAGUUCUUUGGUUUCAGUGGUAAUUAAAGGUAACGUGUAAGUUUUCUGAAACUUAAGCAUCUCUUUUAGCUCAGUAUUACUGAAAAAUGUAGGAAGAGGAUUUAUUCUGAUUCUUGAGGAGGCAAGCCAGGUGCUGUAGAACUUUUGGGCUCCUACCUUGGCCAGGCCACCCUCAGCGACAUGUGUUAGGAGUAGCCUUGUAGAGUGGCUGAGGAGGGAGUGAUGUAUCUUGGACAAAAUAUCUUCUCUAAAUUCUAUCACACCCCUUCCCUAAAAACAAUCUAUACUUUUUUUAUUUUGGUAGGUAAAAUUAAAAUUUUCAAAAAUUAACUUUUGAAUAGAUUAAUAGAUUCACAUGGUAGAACGGGAUAUGCAGUAAAAUGUAAGUCUGCCUCCCUCUGUUAACCCCCAUCCAAGUUUCCCUCUCCACAGGCAACCAGUGUUAACAAUGUCUUACACGUCCUUCCAAACAAUUUACGCAUAAAGAAUCAAUGAUAUAUAUAUUUCCUGAUUUUAUAAAAGUGAGACAUAUCAUGCAUACUGAUGUGUACCUUGAUUUGUAAACCUAGUUAUUUUAGAGCUCUUUACAAAUCA